AUGGCCACACUAGCUUCAACCCUCGUCGGCACUUUUACGGCCUCCAUGGGCCUCUGGGAACGAGUGCAUGACCGACGCCAAGCGCACAAGCAGAAGAUUCGCGACACAAAACAGGACAGCGAGAUCAAGCAACUGCGCGACCAAUUCGAGAGAGCGCAGCACGAAGCAGACGGACGUCAACAGGAGAUUGACAGACUGAAGAACGGGGGCGGCCGCGAUGACCCUGGGAGGAACUUUGAGAGAGACGGCAUGAUGAUUCAACGCAUGUAUGACGAGGCCUAUGGAAGAAUGGGGAACCGAUUUGCACAGGGCGAUGCCAUUGUCGAGAACCAACUCCAGGCACAGAUCAUUUCUCUCCAACAAACCGUCAUCAACGUCCUCCAAGACGCCCUCUACAACGACCGGCAACUCACCCAUGCCGACAUGUCAAAACUAGUCGCCGCUUCGAAUUUCGCGCGGGACGAAUCCCUAGAAGCGAUGAGACAAGCCCAACAACGACUCGGAUCCAACCACGGCUCCAUCCGCUCCUCUUCCCCCCCACACUCCCUCGCCUUACCCCCCAAGCGCACAUCAACCGUCCUCGUCAACGGCCCAGACCACCUCUUCUGCCGCUACAGCCUCGAACUCCAAUACCUCCCCAACAAGCCCCUCGCGUCGACCUUUGCCCCCGCCGGAUCCUGCCAAUGCCCCGCCUGCGGCCUCCGCCUCGACGUCACAGCCGAAGACUUCUGGAUGAUCGGCAAGCGCACGCCCAUGACCAUCCUCGACCAGGGCUACGAGACGGAAAUCACAGAGACGCGCGAGUUUCGCCUCGGGCAGCGAUUCGUGCUCAAGUGCCACACGCCCGAGGGCGAGUAUGCGUGCACGAUUUGCAAUAAGCACCGCGACGUGGAUGCGAUUUGUCGGACGGUCGAGAGCUUGGUUAAGCAUGUGGGGACGUUUCAUGGGGUCGAGGAGUUGGAGGCGGAAGGGGAUCUGAGGGAGGUCAAGGUAGAUACAAGAAGGCUGAGUUUGCCGGCGCCCCGGGCACACAGUCCGUCGACGUUUAGGGCGAGGGAACUGGUGGACGAGUAUCGGUAG